AUGAGAUGUGCAAAAUUACAACGAGGAGUUCGCAUACCACUGAGAAAAUCCACUCACAACGUCACUCGAAUCCACUCGAUUCACCAAUGUAAUAAUGACCAACUAUCAUCAGAAACACUUUCACACGAAACACCAAACACACACAUAAAUAUAUACACACGCACACACAUAAUUGCAAGCAGACAGGCAUGCGUGUAUGCAUGCAUGCACACACAUGCAUACACUCAGUCAAGCAGAAUCUUCGCCAUAUCGAUCAACAAACCGACUACGAGUGAACACCACAGUCCACCAAUGCCUAUUCCAAGCAUAUACGGGUGUGAUUGGUUUGUUUGGAAAUGAGUGACCUAUCGCUUUCUCACCAAUCAUAAGUGUCGCGUUCAUCAGACCGAUCAACUGUCAGGUUGUGCCAGUCAUACUGGAAUCAUUGUGAACAACGGUGUUCAGAUUGCCCUCUUCUCCAUUCACCUCUCCUCUCCCCUGCUCACAUCACGUCACUUCGCAUCUCCUCCUAACUGAUCCCCUCCCACCCUAUGUUGACUCGUCGC